GGUGCGGAUUGGGCCGGCGCCGGGGCGGGCGGGGGCGAGCGGCGGCGAUGGAUCUGUUCGGGGACCUGCCCGAGCCCGGCGCCGCCGCGGGGAAGGAUGCCCAUAAAGGGCCUCUUCUGUUUGAUGAUCUCCCACCAUCCAGCAGUGCUGACUCAGGAAAAGAAGGCUCUUUGCUCUUCGAUGGCCUCCCACCAGCCAGCAGCGGUGACCCAGCCUCCAGCGCUGCUAAGCAAGUCUCAUCCGCAGGGAGCCAAGAGAAAGGGCAGAAGAGAAAGUCCUUGGAGGAGGAGGAAGAGAAGAAUGGCAGGGAAGAACUUGUGGAAAAGAAAGUUUGUAAAGGAUCAGUGGGCAUUCUUGGACUGAAGGGUUAUGUGGCAGAGAGAAAAGGUGAGAGGGAAGACAUGCAGGAUGCACAUGUCAUCUUAAACGAUAUCACCGAGGAAUGCCAGCCUCUGCCCUCCCAAAUCACACGUGUCUCGUACUUUGCUGUUUUUGAUGGCCACGGGGGAGUCCGAGCCUCCAAAUUUGCAGCACAGAAUCUGCACCAAAACCUGAUCAAGAAAUUUCCAAAAGGUGAGGUAGCCAGCGUGGAGAAAACUGUGAAGAGGUGCCUUUUGGACACCUUCAAACACACAGAUGAAGAGUUUCUAAAGCAGGCAUCCAGCCAGAAGCCAGCAUGGAAGGAUGGCUCCACAGCUACUUGUGUCUUAGCUGUCGACAACAUUCUCUACAUAGCCAACCUCGGGGACAGCCGGGCGAUCCUGUGUCGUUACAAUGAGGAGAGUCAGAAACACACAGCCUUAAGCCUCAGUAAGGAGCAUAACCCCACCCAGUAUGAGGAGCGUAUGCGGAUACAGAAAGCUGGGGGAAACGUCAGGGAUGGAAGAGUGCUGGGAGUGCUGGAGGUUUCCCGCUCCAUUGGGGAUGGCCAGUACAAACGCUGUGGUGUUAUCUCUGUGCCAGAUAUCAAACGCUGCCAGCUCACACACAAUGACAGGUUCAUUCUGAUAGCGUGUGAUGGCCUCUUUAAAGUCUUUACACCAGAAGAAGCUGUGAACUUCAUCGUGUCCUGCCUGGAGGAUAAGAAUAUCCAGACGAGAGAAGGGAGGCUGGAGGCAGAUGCUCGGUACGAGGCCGCGUGUAACAGACUGGCCAGCAAGGCGGUGCAGCGCGGCUCUGCCGACAACGUCACGGUCAUGGUGGUGCGGAUAGAGCGCUGAGGGACCAGGUGUGCCGGGCGGAGGGGCAGGGGGAGCUCUGUGUGCAUGCCUGUGUGCCUGGGGGAGGGUGGGACCUGCCAGAGGCUCUGCAGUGUAAAUAAAGAUGGUGGUUUUUUUAAUA